AUGGCUCUUAUCACCUUAGCAGCUUUUAUUGGCAACAUUCUCGUGAUUGUCUCAGUUUACAAGACACCUUGCUUAAGGACAACUGCAAACUACUACUACGUCAAUAUGGCAGUUUCUGACUUUUUUUCAAGUCUUGCUACGUGGCCGUUGUACCUUGUAAACGAGAUUGUAACAACCAAAGGUAGUCUUUUUCAAGGUCCUUGGGCAGAUGUUGGAUGUAAAUUAGGAGUAUUUGUAAGGCUGUCGUCUUCUUCUGUAUCGAUUCUGAGUAUGGUGCUGAUUGCUGUAGACAGGUUCAUCGCCAUCGUACUUCCCUUGAAAUCCGUGCUCCUCACAGGCAAACUAAGAGCUGGAUUGCUGCUUAUAACUUGGGUAAUAUCGACAUCGACUAUUUCGCCCACUCUAUAUUAUAACAAGGUUGAGACGGUCGGUGAAGAAACAUACUGUAGAUUUGCGUGGAAUCCUUUUUCAAUCAUGAUAUUUUACAUAACUACCAUGACAAUGAUUAAUGUUAUACCUCUAAUUACAAUUACCAUCCUGUAUUCUCGUAUUCUACGUGUUUUACAAAGUCCCAAGGAAGGACACCAAGCGGAAAGCACCCAUUCAGCGGUAAAAAAACGUCAACAACACAAAAAUAUCAUGAAGAUAUUCAGAUCUAUUGUCCUAGCGUAUUUCACAUGUUUUUUUCUUUUUUGUGUUUACUUAAUUUUGAAGAUCACUUUCGCCCAACUUUUUGUCGAAGAUAAGUGCAGGUGGAUCUUAGGGUUUGCGUAUUUCGUGUUGCCCUCGCUUAGCACUGCAGUCAAUCCUGUAAUUUUGUUCCUAUACAGUCGAAAUUAUCGUCAAGCGUUGAAAAGCUUGAUAUAUCCUCUUCCCCUUUUCCAAUAUUGGCAUUGUUACAAAGGCAGAAACGCAAACAUUACGACGGAAAAAGAAAAUAUACCCCUGGCAAGGCUGGCGAAAUACAGGCAGAAUGCACCUUGUUAG